AUGAACCCAAGCUUCUUCAACCAACUCGUCAUAGUUACCAUCUGCCUUAUCGAAUUUUCAAGCGGACACUCGUUCAUUUUGGCUAUCGAUGGAGGCAACAGACGGCGAUCCACGGGCUUUGGUACUCGUUUGACAUCCAGAGGAAACCUGGUCCAGAACACAGGUAUCAUCCUUGAAAAAGAAAUCGCGUCAGGGGUUACAACACCCUGCGGAAGGAUAUUCGGAGGCGAUGGUUUAAAACCUUUUGUGAUUGAUGUUGCUCAAGAGUUGGCCUCUGCUGAAGAGGACGGAGUUCCCUCGGCAACCGAAGACGGGUCAAUUUCUAUGAGUGUCUAUGUUCAUAACCCGGAUGGUGGGGGGCCGUAUACCUGCGAGUAUUCAUCUGACGCUACACUGCAGCAACUCCAGCCCAUGACAAUUACGACUCAGAUCGAAGGAGACAAAGGGACGAACCCGGCUGCCAAAGACUUCGCAUAUCCCCUGGUUGCCAACCUACCCAAUGAUGCUAUUUGCCGAGGCGGCAUCGGAGGUGACACGUGUAUCAUGCGCUGCAUUAAUCCAUUGGGUUUUGGCUCUUGCGCCGCCAUCAAGCCAUUUCUACCAAUCAAUCAACCUUCACUCAAUCAGCCACCACCAAAUCAACUUCCACCCAAUCAGCCCGGAGUGCCAAGAAUGGACCCAUUCAAGAGGCGAUCUAUGAUUUUGGAUGGAUUUUCUGAAAAUUGA